AGGCGAUAGAAAACUAAUGGCUGCCGUUUCACCCAAGUUAGUGUAAACAUCACACGGCAGAGAGAGGACACAUAAACAGUAUGGCGGCCAUUUUGCCGCCUAUAAAAGGGGCUGUCCCAACCCCCAAGGGUCAGCAACAAAGUGAGUAUUUGCCAAGCCCACCACGAAGUGGUAAAGCAUCUGGUCGGCUAGUAUCCCUUAAACAUGGAAACAAAGAACAGCGCAUGCUUGAACGUCGUAUGCAGUUAAGAGCAGGACAGCCUUCACUAAAUAAACAGGAAACAUCAGUAUAUCGCAACACUUACAAACAUAACUUAUGUCUGGACAUGUUGGAGGAAGGAUUCCAUAUGUCCUUCCGAGAACUGUUUGCUCUGAUAAAGCAACAGGAAGACGACCGUCAGAAUGCUGGCCCAGAGUCACUCAUGUGGUCACAGGUGAUGCUCAAAGAUGAACAUGAAAAACUUGACAUGCUGAAAAUAAACCUUACAAAUUCAGAAGCUGCAGAAAGGAAAGGUAUCUAUGCGGAUGUGUACAAAGCCCGCUACCAGCUAGCUCAGUUCUUUUCUUCAACUGGUGAUAAAUGGUUGGCAGAUCAUUUCUUCCUGACAUGUCUGCAGACCAGCACUAUGGUGGAAGAUGAUGGAGGUCGUACGAGGGCUGAAGCAUUCUGCAACAUGGGACUGGCGCUGGAAGAAAGUGGGGAGUACUUGGAUGCAUCAGAACAUCUGGAGGCCUACCAUGCUCUGUCGUCAGAGAACCACGGCUGGACGAAAGAAGAUGAUGCUCUGACUUUCUACACUGAUGCAUGCGUUAACUUGUAUCGUAUUUACACCACCAUUGGACGACGCGUCGAGGACAAUGACCCAGAAGCUGCACUAGAUCUUCUCUUGAAGGCCCUCAACAUGGCCAAAGACAGUGAAGACAAGCAUCUGGAGGGUGAGGCUGCCUACACUCUUGGCCUUGCAUAUGAGCGAGCUGGUGAUGGAGAAACAGCACUGUUGCAUCUCAACAGCUUCCUGCGUACAUGUCGUCAAGCUGAAGACCACGAAGGCAUUGGGAGGGCUUGUGAUGCUAUUGCUAAAGCUUAUGCAAGACAGGGCAAAGUUGAUGACAGCAUUGAGUACCUGAAGCAGUUUGUGGACACAGCUGAACAGAGUGGUCAAGAAGCUGCAUUCAGUAAAGCAUGUCACAAUCUUGGCAGUGUCUUCAACUCACUGGGUCGUUACGAUGAGGCAAGCGAGUACUUCAGCAAGGCCUACAACAUAUCCCGCUCUAUGGGUGAAGCCAGUGCUAUCCAUGUGAACAGGGUGCAGUAUGGCAUCUCACUUGCCCACCGGAUGAUGGCACGCUUUGCUAAACAUGUAGAGGAGGGGGAUCGGCAGUGUAUGGAGAGACUGACAGAGUGGAAGAGCGCCCGAGCUGAUGACUUCGACAAACCUAUGGUAGAUCCAAAUGCUAAGGCUGCUGCUGAGGCUGUGAAACUGCCUCCUGUAGACGUUGCAGAAGAGGAGGAGGGAGACAAGAACCAGUCAUCUCUGGAGGAGGAGGAGGAAGCUGGGGAGGCACAACAAGAAGGGGAGCUACAACCUGAGGGGGAGAACAAGGAACUGACACAAACAAGCACCCUCACCACAACCACAGAAGACACUCAGAGCCUGGCAGAGUAGCUCAGGCUCCACAUACUGUGAUUGGAAGGGACUGUAUUCAGUGUUCCAAAACAAGAGAUGGUGAUUACAAGUGAUAGCAUUUAAUUAUGUGCCCCAAACAUCUAAAAUCUGGGGAAUUUUUAUAUCUUUAAAGGGAAACUACAAAAAAGCAUGUUCAUAUGUAUUUUCUUUUUUAAAGACAUUUUAAAAAUAUUGCUGCAUUAAAGUUAUAUGAUCCAGAAAUCGAAACCAGUCCACAAGACAGGAACAACUUGCAGGCUGACCCUGAGGCUAUUGUUGUUUUCUGGCGACAAACAUGUUUCUUAUCAACACAUGAUCAAUAUGCACCAAAAUGUUGUAAGCUGUUGUUGCAAAUGGAACACAAGUUUGAAUAUUCGGUAUGUCUAAUUCUGAACACCAAAUCUGUUCUUGAAGUCAUUCCUGGGCACUACGUACAUUCUGUGAUAUAAGCAUAGCCUUGGCUGAUAGAUGUCACCAUAUAGAGUUCCAAAGUAUUUUGUACAUAGCUUUACUUGAUUCCGUCCGGGUAUACACUUGUUACGUUGUGUCUUACUUUUCUUCCGUAUAUAUAUAUUGUCUUGGCAUCACCAGCCAUCUGUUUGUCUUUUCUGUAAGUAAGGAUGUCUGAUGCUGUGAUUUACAUAACAGUGACAACCUCAAUACCAGAUAACCAUUAAUUGUCCAAUAAAACCUGUGUUAUUGAUAUCUA